UGUUUGGGGAGGCACAGCCUUCCCUAUCCAGCCCUCCAUACAGUUUUGCAACCCCAAUGUGGCCCUUGGGCCAAAAAGUUUGCCCACCCCUGACCUAGACAGUUAAUCCCCAUUUUGUAGUUGUACACUUUAUUUUUCCUUCCUAAGGGUAGUACCUUGCACGUAUCGAUAUUGCAUUUAAUCUUGUUGAUUUCAGACCAAUUGUCCAAUAGUGCAUCAGAAAGGAGAGAGAAAGGGUACCUGGGCCUGUGUGAAUUCCAGUGCAGAUGGCAGGUGCUACAGGUCACUGAGAAUAUAGAAAAGGGUUAGAAACAGGUAACGCUCACAUAUUCCCCAAUUUUCCAUACAUAACUAAUGGAAUGUCAGAUUCUGGAAGUGGUAAUAAAUGCCAUUUUAGCACAUCCUUUGGCUGAAAUUAAGGCGUACUUAUCACAUUAACCGUCUUUAUGCAUGCUUUGGAAAAUGGCAGUGAAUGUGGGGUAUAAGAAAAGUGAAAGAUGUGUCAGGAAAUCUGAUUGGCCACAUUUUGCUGCACACUGCAACUUUUUAAAAAUCUAAGGAACAUUUUCAAAAGAAAUAGCCCAUGGUGUGAAACACUUUUUCUGGAAGAUCCUCCAGAAGUGAAAAUACACCAGUGACAAAUAAAAAGCACAUUUUGAAUGUGGCUCUUAUUUUAAGGAGUUUAAAAGGACCAGUAUUGCUGGAAAAUCUGGGAUUCCAAUAAUUAGGUAGGAUUUAGUAAUGUAUAAAAGUACAAAAUUUCAGGAAAUACUACAGAAAUAAAUGUAUAUAUCUGUACUCAAAAGAUUUCUGAAUUUUAAAAGAAGCAGUCUGCUGCCAACGGUGAGCGGGAGGAGGGUGGGGGAGGGGAAUGCUCUCCCGCUUUUCUCUUCUAAAUGAGCAUUGUACAGAGGUCAGUGGGGGAAAGAAAGGGAAGACCACUAGAAUAGAACCGCCUCUUUGCAGUUUUCAAUUAGGUCGGUUUCAGCUGUAUAUAAGGAGAUGAGCCCACAUACGGUUACAUAGUUCACAAAUAAAGCAGUUUAUAUUUUUUUCAUUGUGUGGAGUAGUACUGAGGUAGUUAUGUCUGGACGUGGUAAAGGUGGUAAGGGACUUGGGAAGGGGGGCGCUAAACGCCAUCGGAAGGUUCUUCGUGAUAAUAUCCAAGGUAUUACAAAGCCGGCUAUUCGUCGUUUGGCGCGCCGUGGGGGAGUAAAACGUAUUUCGGGACUGAUUUACGAAGAGACGCGUGGCGUGUUGAAGGUGUUUUUAGAGAACGUGAUCCGCGAUGCUGUUACUUACACUGAACAUGCCAAGCGUAAGACGGUCACAGCCAUGGAUGUGGUUUAUGCUCUGAAACGCCAGGGCCGCACUCUGUACGGAUUUGGUGGUUGAGUCUUUUUCCCACGUAUAAUUAACAACGGCUCUUUUCAGAGCCACCCAUACUUUCACAGUAAGAGCUGGAUCAGUCUAAUCAGCACGGGAAGGAAGAUGAGCGAGGAAAAAAUACUUGGUACUGAAUUUUUUUUAUCUAAGCAACAUGUUUGUCACUCUAUUAGACAAAUUGUAUAGAUAACGCCUCUGUUUUACUGCUAACUCACGUAGAGGAGCGGGGUUCAAUCAUGAA